UAUAUUUUGCAAUAUCAUUUAUGAGCAUAUGGUGAGUAACAGUUCCGUCGGAAAUAGGAUUUAAACGAAGAGGGUAAUCUGAAUUAUCAUCAGUCCAACAAUUCUCUCGCGAGGCUUCAGACAUUCAAGUAAAAUAAUGCGAGUUUUUCUGUAUGUGCUCUAUCUCGUCCUGUACCAUCAGACAUCUGGAAUGGACGAUCAGAAUCCUCCCAACAACUCUGCUGAAGGGAACCUCUAUGUCCGCAGUAUCUGUAAGCCACGGGAAACUAUAGUUCAAGUUAAGCAUGAAUUCCCUGAGAUGAUGGCAGCUGUCUUGCCCUCAUGUGUGCCUGUGCAGCGCUGUGGAGGCUGCUGCUCAGAUGAGGCUUUGGUAUGUGUCAGUGUGAAGAAUCACACCACCAAGAUGCAGCUGCAUGCCAGGAAUGUGCAUGGUCCAGUGAUUAUUGAGCUGCCAUUUGUUGAACACAGUCAGUGUGAAUGCAGGCCCAGAGACCAUCUGUGAUGCUUAUUUUAUUUUAUUUUAUUUUAUCUUAUUUUAUUAUUUUAUUUUAUUUUAUUAACAGCUCAUAGUCAUAGCCAUGAUGUCAUGAAAUUGUAUUAAAAUGUCUGAAUUAUUUUAUUCAAUUAUUUAAGUGAUUAUGGACAGUUGACAGUAUUAUUGACAACAUUACUUAACCUAUAUGUUUAAGGUUAUGUACAAACAUUGCUUAUGUUUUGUUUUUUUAUUUAAGAAUAAAAGCUA